CAGGCUGCUGCGGCGCGGGGCAGAGCAGACCGCGUUCCGUGUUCAACUGUCUGCAAAUUUCAAGAAGAUAUCUUUAAGGAAGAAGUUCUUUAUCUGGCUCGGCAUCUCUCGCCUCUCACUAUGUUCGACAGAAGCAGUUUUUGGCUCCUCUGCAUUUAUACGGCAGUUGUCGUAGCUACUGACUAUAGCGACCGAGACGCCAUUACAGAACCAGAUCUUGAAAUCACAUUCUACGGUUUAAAAAAUGACACUACAGACCUUCUCCUGGCUGACGCGAGCACCGAGGCCGCCGCCCCCGCCGCCGCCCCGGCGCGGUCGCAGAGGGCUGCCGAGUGGCGCGGAGACCCAGAGCCGCCGGAGUGCGGGUGGCGGGGGGUGGCGCCGCUCAACGUGCAGACGGCGGCGGCCACGGCCGUCAUCGCGCUCAACUACUCGUGCCGCAGCCUCGGCGAGGCCGCCGUCGCCUUCCUGAGGGAAAACCUGCUCCCCGUGAUGGCCACGCGGGGCUGGUCCGUCGCUGUACUCCACUACCCGCACCUCGUCGUACAGUUGUCUCGCCUGCUUGCAGAGCUGCCAGCAGCAACCAGCUCGCCGCCCACUGUGGACGGCGGCACCAGCGCCGCCCCCCGGACACACAGCGACCGCGGACGGACUCCCGCCACAGCCGCGCCGCCCACGGCUUCCCAGGCCAGUACACAACUUUCUGACGAGGCCGUCUCUUUCCUGUGGAGGCUCCCUGAACGAGAGAAGGACAGGAGACUGAUCCAGUUAGCUAAGAAGGGGGCAGUGCAGGAGAUGCGGGUGCUGCUCGAAGCUGGUGCAGAUGUGCGGGCAUUUGACGAGAACAGGAACACCGCCUUGCAUUGGGCGGCAGCGAGUGGAAGUGUGGAGGCAGUGAGGCGUCUGCUGCAGGCCAGGGCGUCUGUGAACGCCAGGAACAACAGGCGCGAGACGCCUCUGUACUACGCCGUAUGGAACGGCAGUGCGGCUGUGGUGCGGCUACUGGCUUGGUCCUCUGCCGACCCCAACGCCAGGGCUGACGAUGCGAGUACGCCGCUGCACUGGGCGGCGUACUGGGGCCACGCGGAGGCGGCGGCAGCGCUUCUGGAGGCGGGCGCCGACAGAGGGGCCAGAGACGCCGACGGGGACACACCGCUGGACAAGGCCAGGCAGAGCAAGAAGCAGAAGCUGGUAGACAUGCUGACGUGACGCAAGCGGUCCGACAAACAUCGCGGCAGUAAGGCAAAAGGAGCUCAACUGCCUCACUUUUCGUUACUUUUUAAAUUAAAAAUAAAAAAUGAACUCUCACCUAUUCUUUCCAUCUGUACAAUGUAGUACAUGUAAUUACUCCAGUAUCAGCCCAAGGGCAACAAUGAUCGAUAUCUACUAAAUAAUGUAAGAUGAGCAACACUCCUACUGCGAAAACUCAACUAAAAUACUCCAUUAGUAGUAAACACCAAUUUCCUACAAAUUUUUGAUUGCUGAAAAUUAUUUGAUAGGAGCAUGUUUGGUGCAUUUGAAACCACUGCAAUAUUCAAGAUACACAGAGUACUAUCACACUGCUACAGCAGAUUUUCCCUCUUUCCACAUCUUCUUUCUGUCCAUCUUCAGUGCAUUUCCUUCAUGUUCACGUCAUGUUGGAAGGGACUCUGCAGGGGCUGUGACGCAACUCGCCGUGCAACGCCACAUGAGUGGGACUUCUGACAGCACUCUCGCUGCCCGACCCAGCAUUCUGCCGAGCUAUAGACCGCAGGAGCUGUAAAACUUAAUUAUUUGUAUAGGUAACCGAAUCAGAAAACUGUACAUGUCGUACAAUAUGUAAAUGCUGCUCUGAAGGAAC